AUGACUUAUCGUGAGCAGCAGAAAGCACUCGGGAGGCUUCCCGUUGGCAAAACUUCGCGGGCUCCUCCUCCAGCUGGAGACGCAUUGAUGGCUAAUGCUGCUGAUGUUCUGGCCGUGGCUCGUCAGUCUGAGAACGAGAAUCGGGCUUCAAUCGCUAUUGAAACGGCUAGCCAGAUCGAUCGGGAUAAUGCCGCUGUUGUCAGCUCGAGAUCUCAUGAUGGCGAUAGUAACGACAGUGUUCGCCGUCAGAACAAGAGGCCGAGGCAGGAGCGGAGGAACGAUGGCAACGGUGGUUCGUCUCACAGCUCCGGCUCGAACGGAAGGCCUUUCUACUGGGAGUUUAAGAACUCGGUAGACGGUCCAGUUCUGAAUGAUCGUGGUGGAGUCGGUUAUUUGCAGCGCCAUUUCAAGGGAGCCGGUGUUAAUCUUCCUCCCAUCGAGAAGAUGUCUGAGAAGGAGGCCUAUCUCGAUAUGGCGAUGGCCAACACCAAAUCUAUGGAGGCGAACAACAGGUACGUUUCGCUGGUCGAGCAAAGAUUGAGGGACAGUGCUCCGGUCGAGGAGGUCAACAAGAUGAGAAGUACAAUCGAGGAGAUGACUAGCACACUCAAGCGUCUUCAACUCCGCGAAUCCGAAGUGGAGAAGAAGUUGUCGGGUGUGGAGGAGCUCGAGCAUCGUAAUGCGGUUCUGGCUGAUCAACUUAAAGAUGCUCGAGCAGAAGGUCGUGCCGCUAUCGAGCGCUCUGCUCUCUUAGGUCAACAGAACAAGGACCUCCUUGCUGAGAAGGACGCGUCGCUUCGCCUCGCCGCUCAAGCGACCUACCGACAGCUCUCCACGAAGUAUGGCAAACUUCUGCAAUCGUUCAAGGAGAUGUGGUUCAAGAAGAAAGAUCACACCGACGCUGAAAUCUCGUUCCAGGAGGCUAAUGCGAAUCUUCAGCUGAUCGGGGAUCUCAUGAGCGGGGAAUCGACUCUCGAGGUGGAAGCUCCUCUUUGGGCAGAAAGGGUGCUUCAGCUCGAGGCUGAGGCCAAGGCCAAGGCGGUCUCGGAUUUUUCCUUAAGGAAAUUCGAAUUGCCGCAGCUGUCUGAGGACUCGGUCUUGAUGGAGGUCAACAAGGUUCCGGUCCAAGUUGAGCAGGGGAUCGGAGGCAGCAAAGGGAACAAAGUGCCAGACGAAAUCAUGGAGGAUGUGGGUGAGAAGGGAAACGAGGUCGAGACGGAUGGCGGAGUGCCGGUCGUGCGCGAAGGUCAGGCAGAGGAGUGA